UUAGGGUUGUUGUGCGUUUCCCUCUCAUAUUGGAGGAUAGUUUGAGGAUGUCGUCUAAAACUAGGUCAACGAAGGAGGAAUCGUCAGAACCGCCGUCUCUGAUCCCGUCACUUCCCGAAGACAUCAUCGUUGACAUCUUAGCACGUGUAGGGAGAUGCUACUAUCCAAAACUCUCCCUUGUUUCCAAGCACUUCCGAUCACUUGUUACCUCCCAUGAGCUAUACGCAAGACGAUCAUUGUUAGGAUGCACGGAACACUCUCUCUAUGUUGUCCUCUGUAACAAAGAAAACGAUAAUCACUAUUGCUAUGUUCUCUACCGGAAAGCCAACGGUAAUCACAGCUUGGUCCUUAUCCCUUCUCUUCCCAAAAUGCCUCGCAGGGGAGGCUUUGUUGCGGUGGGGUCAAGGAUAUAUGUGUUUGGUGGGUUGAACUCUUACCACCAUAUAAAAAUUCCAACGAAGGCGAUAAGCAUUGACUGUAGAUCCCAAACGGUGCAUCUACUGCCUAGCAUGAAUGUAACCAUGUCUGUUUCAGUUGCUGACAUCAUUGACGGGAAAAUAUAUGUAACUGGAUACUGCAGUAACAUGGCGGUGUUCAAUACAGAAACACAAAUGUGGGAGCCUAAGAAGACAACGGCAGAGACAAUGAGUGGUUACAUGUGGCCUUAUGAUUGUGUGGUUAUGGCUGGCAAGAUGUACAUGGUGUAA